AUGAAAGGGACAAAUUUAAGUAACCCAGAUGGUUUUAUCUUACUGGGCUUUUCUGACCAGCCCCAACUGGAGAUGGUUCUCCUCGUGGUCAUUUCUGUCAUAUACAUUCUGACACUGAUGGGGAACACAGCCAUCAUACUGGUCUCAUACUUGAACCCCAAACUCCACACACCCAUGUAUUUCUUCCUGUCUAAUCUCUCCUUCCUGGACCUCUGUUUCACCACCAGCAUCGUCCCCCAGAUGCUUUGGAAUCUCAAGGGCCCGGAGAAGACUAUCUCAUUCACGGGCUGUGUGGUCCAGCUCUACGUCGCUCUGGGGCUGGGCUCCACUGAGUGUGUCCUCCUGACGGUGAUGGCCUAUGACCGCUUCAAUGCUAUCUGCCGCCCCCUCCACUACAGUGUCAUCAUGCACCGUAAGCUUCUCCAGCAACUUGCCGCAGUGGCCUGGAUCAGUGGGUUCGUGGAGUCCACCGUCCAGACCAUUCUCGUUUUCCAGUUGCCUCUCUGCAGCCACCACCGGGUGGAUGACUUUAUGUGUGAGGAGCCUGCCCUGAUUAAAAUCGCCUGCGUGAACACAACCUUCCUGGAAAAUGAGCUCUCCACCGCUAUUGUCCUCUAUGUGAUUAUACCUCUGGGACUUAUUUUGUUCUCCUACGGCUGCAUUGUCAGGAGCGUGCUGAGGAUAAAAUCUGUGGAAGGCAGAAGGAAAGCAUUUGGGACCUGUGGGUCCCAUUUAAUUGUUGUGAUUUUGUUCUUCGGGACUAUAAUUUGUGUCUACAUCCAGCCCAAGAGCAAGUACACACAGAAUCACGGUAAAUUCCUCACCCUCUUCUACACUGUGGUGACUCCCUCUCUUAAUCCUUUGAUUUACACUUUGAGAAACAAAGAGGUUAAAUGGGCUUUAAGAAGGUUAAUCCUAAGUAAUCAUGAUAGUAGAGAUCAAUAA